AUGUAUACCAUGAAAGAUACAUGCCUGCAUACAUCAUACCUGCAGCUGAAGACCUUACUAACCAUGACAUAUGUCCAUGCCUUGCCAACAGAUGCUUUGAGAUUCAACUCCUUUGGAGCUGAUGAAGAGGAGUUUGAGAAGUACCAGUCUUCACAGUCGCACCUGGAAAACUUGCAGAAGAGCUUAGGGCCUCUAAACAAUGAAGAUGACAAGUUCGUCUUCAUUGUUGAGGGCAAGGACAGUCCUGUGCUCUUAGCUGGCGGUGUGGUCUUUGGCAGUCUUGAAAACACGGACAAGGUGUCCAUUUUCAUUCUGCACAGGGUGAACAACAGCAAGAAGACCUCCAUGGUAUUGCCCAGUGGUACCAUUAAGAUUGGCAAGGAGCUCAAGAAGCACACGGUCGUAGAGCUUCCACUGCAGAGCCUACUUGGCAGAUUCAGCAAGCAGCAGGAGAUGGAUAAGGAGGCUGCGGAGGUUCUGUACAUGCCUUUCUGGGAGCAUAAGGAGCUGCUUGACUGCCACAGCGCGCAUCUCGUAAUUCCGACAAUCAACAAUUUCUUACAACAGAAACUUGCUACGGUUGACAAACGAGAAGGAGCCCUUGGGGAUGCGGUCCCAAAGGUAUAG